GGCGGUUUGACGGUGGUACAUAUGCGUUUUUGUUACCGAGCACUGAAGUAUGCUGCGAUGUAUUAGCCAGGCGAGCCAGAUAACGAGACCCCUGUCUGUUUUAACGCACGUUUCAUAUUUUCACAAACUGUCAGAGUAGUUUCAAACCUCAAAAUGAGUGAUCCAGCUGUGAGGAGGGUGGUGAGUGACAUCAUUCGCUCUCCAGAAGACAAGCGGGAGUACAGAGGACUGGAGUUCACGAACGGCCUCAAAGCAAUCCUGAUCAGCGAUCCCACUACAGACAAGUCAUCAGCAGCACUUGACGUGCACAUAGGCUCUUUGUCGGAUCCUGCGAACAUUGCUGGUCUGGCUCAUUUUUGCGAGCACAUGCUGUUUUUGGGCACCAAAAAAUACCCCAAGGAGAAUGAGUAUAGCCAGUUCCUGAGUGAGCAUGCAGGGAGCUCCAACGCUUUCACCAGUGGCGAGCACACCAACUACUACUUCGAUGUAUCCCAUGAACAUCUGCAAGGAGCGCUGGAUAGGUUUGCCCAGUUCUUUCUGUGUCCUCUGUUUGACGAGAGCUGUAAGGAUCGCGAAGUAAAUGCCGUGGACUCUGAACAUGAGAAGAACCUGAUGAACGAUGCAUGGAGGUUAUUUCAGCUGGAGAAGGCCACCGGGAACCCCAAUCAUCCUUUUAGCAAAUUUGGAACAGGUAAUAAACUGACCUUGGAAACACGGCCAUCCCAAAAAGGCAUUGACAUUCGCCAAGAGCUGCUGAAGUUUCACUCCACAUUUUAUUCUUCCAACCUGAUGGGACUUUGUGUUCUUGGAAGAGAAUCUCUUGAUGAAUUGACAACUAUGGUCAUCAAACUCUUUGGAGAGGUGGAGAACAAGUCUGUGCCUAUUCCAGAAUUUCCACAGCAUCCUUUCCAGGAGGAGCAUCUUAGGCAAUUUUACAAGGUCGUGCCCAUUAAGGACAUCCGGAAUCUGUAUGUGACUUUCCCGAUCCCUGACCUGCAAAAGUACUACAAAUCAAACCCUGGCCAUUAUCUAGGCCACUUGAUUGGCCAUGAAGGUCCAGGGAGCCUGCUUUCUGAGCUGAAAGCUAAAGGUUGGGUAAAUACUUUAGUUGGAGGCCAGAAAGAGGGAGCCAAAGGGUUCAUGUUCUUCAUCAUUAAUGUGGAUUUAACUGAAGAAGGACUGUUGCACGUAGAGGACAUCAUCUUUCACAUGUUCCAGUAUAUUCAAAAGCUACGCACAGAGGGUCCUCAGGAGUGGGUUUUCCAGGAAUGCAAGGAUUUGAACACUGUGGCCUUUAGAUUCAAGGAUAAGGAACGCCCACGUGGAUACACAUCUAAAGUAGCUGGACUUUUGCACUAUUAUCCAUUGGAGGAGAUACUUGCAGCAGAGUACAUGCUGGAGGAUUUCAGACCAGACCUUAUCGAGAUGGUGCUUGAUAAGCUGAGACCAGAGAAUGUCAGGGUCGCAGUGGUCUCCAAGUCAUUUGAAGGACAGACUGAUAAGACAGAAGAGUGGUAUGGAACACAGUACAAGCAGGAAUCUAUAUCUGACGAGGCCAUUAAGAACUGGCAAAAUGCUGACCUUAACGGAAAGUUCAAACUCCCAAUGAAGAAUGAGUUCAUCCCCACCAACUUUGAAAUCUACCCUCUCGAGAAGGACUCCCCAUCCUAUCCCACGCUGAUCAAGGACACCGCGAUGAGUAAAGUGUGGUUCAAGCAGGAUGAUAAAUUCUUCCUGCCCAAGGCCUGUCUAAAUUUUGAAUUCUUUAGUCGCUACCUAUACACAGAUCCCCUGCACUGCAACAUGGCGUACCUGUUUCUCAGGUUGUUGAAGGAUGAUUUAAAAGAGUAUACAUAUGCAGCCCGACUGGCAGGGCUGAGCUAUGGCAUAGCUUCAGGAAUGAAUGCCAUCGUUCUUUCCGUAAAGGGCUACAAUGACAAGCAGCAUAUCCUGCUGAAGAAGAUAAUUGAGAAAAUGGCCACGUUUGAGAUCGACGAGAAACGUUUCGACAUCAUCAAGGAAGCGUAUAUGAGGUCUCUGAAUAAUUUCCGGGCGGAGCAGCCUCACCAGCAUGCCAUGUACUACCUGCGGCUACUCAUGACCGAGGUGGCCUGGACCAAAGACGAGCUCAAAGAAGCACUGGAUGAUGUCACUCUGCCCCGACUCAAGGCCUUCAUACCUCAGCUGUUGUCACGGUUACACAUUGAAGCCCUGCUGCACGGCAACAUUACCAAACAGUCUGCACUCAGUAUGAUGCAGAUGCUGGAGGACACACUGAUUGAGCAUGCUCACACCAAGCCCCUCCUCCCGAGCCAGCUGAUUCGCUACAGGGAGGUGCAGGUGCCGGAUGGUGGCUGGUAUGUGUACCAGCAGAGGAACGAGGUCCAUAAUAACUGUGGUAUAGAGAUUUACUACCAGACGGACAUGCAGACCACGCACGACAACAUGCUGCUGGAGCUCUUCUGUCAGAUCAUUCACGAGCCCUGCUUCAACACCCUGCGCACCAAAGAACAGCUGGGCUACAUCGUGUUCAGUGGCCCACGCAGGGCGAAUGGCGUGCAGGGGCUUCGUUUUAUCAUCCAGUCGGAGAAAGCCCCUCACUACCUCGAGUCUCGGGUGGAGGCCUUUCUCAAGACCAUGGAGAAGAACGUGGAGGAGAUGAGCGACGAAGCCUUCCACAAGCACAUCCAGGCCCUCGCCAUCCGCCGCCUUGAUAAACCUAAGAAGCUGGCGGCGGAGUGCGCCAAGUACUGGGGCGAGAUCAUAUCCCAGCAGUACAACUUCGAUAGAGAUAAUAUUGAAGUUGCCUAUUUGAAGACGUUAACGAAAGACAACAUUAUGCAGUUCUACACGGAUCUGUUGUCUAUCGACGCUCAUAAGAGGCACAAGGUUUCUGUGCAUGUGCUGUCCAGGGAGAUGGACUCCUGUCCAGUGGUGGGCGAGUUCCCAGCUCAGAACGACGUCAAUCUCGCUCCUGCUCCGUCCCUGCCUCAGCCUGUGGUGGUCCAGGACAUGACGGAGUUCAAGAGGAGUCUGCCUCUCUUCCCUCUCGCUAAACCUCACAUCAACUUUAUGGCUGCCAAACUGUGAUCACCACAUUUACACACAGAGCAUCGCCGGGUUGGACAGAGACACACCGCUCCCCUGAGUUUAGAGCCAGUAACUCCAUCUUCUGUGCGUGUAUAUUUGUGUGUGCGUGUGUGUGAGAGGGAGACUUGGCAGAGGUGUUUGCAGUGAUGAGUCACCAUGUUGACUACAGCCUGUUCACCGAGGAGCUGUUUAAAAAAAAUCACCUUCCUUCACUCCCUCACUCACACACGCAGCUGUUUUAGAGAAUAUAAAAGAAAAUAAUAAUUUCGUUAAUCAGGAAUAGUUCAUGUAGGUGUCGAGUGCUGACCGCAGGGACGUUUUACUUUUUUGUGUGUUUGCCUGAUGAUUAGGAAAGGGUUAAAUUUUUUUCUUUUCAUUUUUGAAAUGCUGGAAAUAUUUUCUUUACUUGCGCUUCAAGAGUGAGCGAGUCAACAUUUUAGCAAUCAAGACUUCCUGUUUACCCAGAAUCUAGGAAAUGCACUGAUUUAUUUGGCCUUUGUGUGCAUGUUAAACCUCAUCACUUUUUUCCUUUGCUUAGAUUUACUUCUUAACAUGUUUUUUUUUUUUUUUUAAACUCUAUUUAUUAAUUUUACAAAUAGAUUUAAGGGAUUGUUGAAUUGUUACUCUGCCAGGGUGCAGAUUAUACUUACUUUAAUCUCGUCACAUGAAUUCAUCAGUGUUUUUUUUUUUUUUUUCUCGCUGCUUUGUUGCUCCAGCAGCCCUUAAACCGUUUAACAUCCCCCGUAGGGUAACGAGUGAGAUGGUCAUUUAAAGGAGGCGGCUUUAGAAACACUACACACAGUGCAUAUCGUCUACGCUCUGAGAUUUUCUGCUUCGCAGUUAUGUAUCGAAAAAUUCAAAAAACUGGAAAAUCCUGAUAAUUUUUUAUUUUUUUUUAAACACUUGUUAGGGUUGAAAAGUAUACAAAUGCUGACUUUGUAGUUAUCAGAUUUUGGGUAAAGAGAAAACGUUUAGUUGCUAGAAUGUUGAACUAUUCAAUCCAUUCACCCAAAACUCUUAUCACUUUGAGUUUGAAAAUGCUCAUGCAACAAGCUGUCUACACAUAUAUAGUUUCUGUACCAGACAUAUUUUGGCCGUAAGUGAAAAACUAAACUAUUUUAAAUUUAAUGAAGAGGUUUUAAAAAAAGAAAAAAACUGGUAUUUUAUUUUAGCUAGUUAAAUGUUCUGGAGGAGCUGUUUUAGGCUACUGAAUAGAGACGGGCAUGAAACAGUUUAAUCAGACUGCUUUAUUAUUAAGGAUCAUACUCAAAGUGAUUGUUCUGGCUUUUUAUUUUAUUUGAAGUUAAAGAACUUUAAUAAAUCAUUUUUAAAUAUA